AUGACUUCGGUUGCAGAACGUAUUCCUCCGCAGGAAACGAGCCUUCAUAACGCUGCAGACAUCACCUAUGACGAGAAAGACGAUGCUUCAUACGUAAUGUCCGAGAGUGAAGCAGAGAUUUCUCUGGUUUCUGACUACGAUAUGACCGAAGAUUACGACAAACUGGCCUUUUUACAUGUUGACGACGAGUUGGCAGAGGACCACGCACUCCUAACAGAAACACACGGUGAGUCCGGUGGCGAAAACACCGAGAAUGAACUGAAAAAAAAUGAUUCGGGAGCUGCCAGUGGCAUUGUAGAUUUCCUAAUAAGACACGAAAUCCCAAGAAAGGUUUUCCAUUCCUUACAUGGCUUCGAGACUCUUGGGCUCUACAUUCUCGGCUGGACGAAGUUCGAUGCUGCCAGAGUGGUCUGGUCUCUCUUCGCGUUGGUGUUUGCAAAUGAUGUGAUCAGACUCAACUUUCCAAGCUUCAAUGAGAGUGUGUUGCCGUUUUUCCGCCAUUUUAUGAGAGAUCACGAGGCUAAGCUGUGGAACGGUGUUGUUUUCUACUUGGCCGGUGCCGGUCUCGUUCUUUCUUUUGCCCCUAAAGAUAUUGCCGUCAUGAGUAUUAUGCUCUUGAGUUGGGCAGACACUGCCGCCUCCACGGUUGGUAGGGCUUUUGGCAAAUAUACCCCAUCUGUCGGUAAGGGCAAGUCUUUGGCCGGCUGCUUGGCCAGCGCUUUGACCGGAUUGUGUGUGUGCUACUUCUUCUAUGGCUACGUGGUUCCUACAUACCCUGAUGUGAAUCGUCCUGAUGAGUUGUUGUGGAGCGCUGAGACUUCGCGCUUGAACAUUCAUGUUUACGCCUUGAUCACCGCCAUCAUCACAUCCUUUUCCGAGCUGGUCAAUAUUGGUGAGAUUGACGACAACUUCACCAUCCCUGUGUUAUGUGCGCUUGGUCUCUCUGCCGUCGCAUACGCCGCCAAGUUUUAA